UGCAGUCGUCAGUAGCAAAAGAGCAAGAAUAACAUUCGUAUCGUUCGAGUCAAGUUUCCCGUGUUUGACUGCCUCGGAUUGCAGUUUAAUAUCCAUAAAGUGAUCAUUGUGUUGCUAGCUAGCUAGUCAGCAAGAACCACUCAGUAUUCCGGCCUUGGAAUUGUCGUCCUAUAGUUGAUUUUGCCGUGCCUCGACGAUAGAAAGCAGGAAGAACAGUCUUCUUAUAGGAGCACAAGAUGACCAUCCUUACGAAGCCCUUUGGGGAUGCUAAGAAGUCGGAGAAGUCUAUCCUACCCCUGGUAGGUGGAUCGGAAGUUCCGGCCGUCCCGACUGCCCCAUCGGUCUCCCGCGAUGACGAAUCGGCUGCGUCCAGCAUUAUUCUGAUCCGCCGUGCCCGUCGUUUCUCUACGGCUACCACCUACAUCCUGUUUCUGAUUGCCCUGCUGGUGACGUCGCUGGGAAUCAUUGCCGGUGUGUUCUACUAUCGGCAGAAUGCCCACUUUAGCAACCCCCUGCGAUUCCACGGUUUCUGUCAGAUCCCGUACGAUUCCACCAACGUCAACGACAACAAUAUGUUCUACAUGAACGCGAUGCUUCGCCACGAUGAUGUCAAUUCGCAACUCGAUCAAAUUGAAGACUUGGUCCAGCCGAUGCAGAGGGAGUUCCAGGAAAUAAAACAACGCUUGGAUGACACCGAUAUGGACGUGACCGAUCAAUUCUUCAAGGAGGAAUUCGAACUGGGCCUGUCCGACGACGAAAACUACUCGAAGAUCAACGUUCCAGUUUUCCAUGGUCAGCGCCAGGGUCGCUUCCUGCACGAUUUCAAGUACAACCAGUCCGGCAUCAUCGACAAGGACAACGGUCGGUGCUUCUUGAUGCCACUGGAUCGGGAAACCGUGCUGCCACCCAAGUCGCUGCGGGAUUUGAUCGAGAAGAUGUGGAACGGAUACUACAACAUCAACACCAGCACGGUUCGCAAGAACAUGCGUGUCAUCACGCCGGAACUGAAGGAUUUGAACGACGUGUCGCCGAGAAUCACCAGCGAGUGCGCGGAUAUGAAGAUCUACCGGUUGGAGAAACUAGUUUCUGGAGUUUUCAAACGAUCGGCCGAUCUGCACCAGCACGCCAAGUUUGCCGAAUUCGGCGGUAAUCACAUUUCGGUUAUCGAUAUUCAAAAUUUGGAGGAUAUCGUUAACUGAAAGCUGAGGUCAUCCUCCAGCUAAAUGAUUUAUUUAUGUUAAAUUUCGAAUAGAAGAUGCAAGCACGCACUUACACAAUAACAAACAAUUAAAACCAAAAAAAAAAAAACAACUUUUCACCAUUUGAUUGCGGAACCUAGGAAAUGAAAGCGGAACAGUAAAAUGUUAGUCCGGAGCACGUGGUACGGGACGGUCAGUAUGGAACAAAUUUAAACUAGAAUUAUUGGUGCGUUGGAUUGUUGGUGACAACGUCACGUGAUACAGAGGAUGUCAAUGUAAAAGUAAAAGACAAGUUAGGAAAUUAGAGCCCUCGAAGCCCCGAUUAUGCGAUUGAUGUGCAACUAUAUUUUGAAAAGCAAGCAAUUCAUACUAAAGAGUAGUUUGUCAUAAUUGAAACUUUU